AGUGUCACUGGGUCUGGGUCUGGCUGGGUGUUGUCCAUAUCAAAAGAGUGAAAAAUUGGUUUUGAAAAUUACUUGAAAUAAACUGAAUUUAAUUCGUGUUGACUGACCAGAGUCCGCGAAUUAGCUGAAGAGAUGACUGAAAUUCACAGAUUUGGGAAUAUCGUGAGCCCUAUCACAUGCCACGCCUGGAACAAGGACAGGACUCAAAUCGCCUUGUCCCCAAACAAUCAUGAAGUCCACAUUUACCACAGAAGUGGAUCUGAGUGGAAACUACUGGACACUCUCAACCAACACGAUCUUCGCGUCAUGGGGAUCGAUUGGGCCCCAAACACAAACCGGAUCGUGACUUGUGCCGCCGAUCGAAACGCUUACGUUUGGACCCAAGACAAGGAAAACAAAUGGAAGCCAACACUGGUUCUUCUCAGAAUAAAUCGGGCUGCCACCUGUGUAAAAUGGUCUCCUUUGGAAAACAAAUUCGCCGUCGGUUCAGGAGCCAGACUGAUCUCAGUCUGCUAUUUCGAAUCUGAGAAUGACUGGUGGGUUUCCAAGCAUAUUAAGAAGCCUAUUAGGUCAACUGUCACUUGCUUAGACUGGCACCCAAAUAAUGUUUUACUUGCUGCUGGUUCCACGGAUUUUAAGGUCAGGGUUUUCUCUGCCUACAUAAAAGACAUAGAAAAGACUCCUGAAGCUACUCCUUGGGGCUCAAAGAUGCCUCUGGGGCAGCUGAUGGUGGAGUUUGUCAAUUCUGAGGGAGGUGGUGGUUGGGUGCAUAGUGUCAGCUUUUGCCCUGAUGGUAACAAAGUUUGCUGGGUGGCACAUGACUCAUCAAUCAAUAUGGCUGAUGCCACUGCUGGGAGUGUUGUUCAUAAAUUGAGAACUGAGUAUCUGCCUUUUUUGAGCUGCACUUGGAUCAAUAACAAAUCAGUGAUUGCAGCUGGCCAUAGCUGUAUUCCAAUCAUGUAUAGUGUUGAUGGAAAUGGUCAGCCGAUUUUUGUUGCCAAACUAGAUGCUUCCCAGAAGAAGGAAAGUGGAGGUCUUUCUGCCAUGAGAAUGUUCCAUUCCUUGGAUAAGCAGGCCAGGGUAGAGACAUCAGAUACCAAUUUGGAUUCCAUACAUCAGAAUGCUAUCACUUGUUUGUGCAUUCAUUCUGGUACUAGAGAGAAGGUUUUGAAAAUUUCUACUUCUGGAGCUGAUGGUCAGUUGGUUAUUUGGGAUUUGAACACUCUGGAAAGGUCCAUUCAGAAUAUGAGAAUUGACUAAAUAGUUCCAACUCUUUUUAAUAAAAUUAAACUAUGAGGAUUC